UAAUUUUGGAUAACUAGACAUUUUACAAUAUUUAUGGAGUAAAAAAGUGACGGAGAAGUUAUGUACACCGGCGCGUAAUCUACCGUUUUUUCACAAACACGAGUUUCCUGUUUUUCCAUUUUUGCUUUCUGAAAAAUGAAACCACAUUCUUUUUCUUACUAUACUAAUACUAAUAAUAAAUACUUAAUUGCUCAAUCAAAUCAAAACUAUAGAGUACUAUAUAUUUGAUUUAUUUAUAUUUCCAGUGACUAAAUCUCCAUUAAAUCUCCUUCAACUUGUAUGUAGUACGAAGGUUUUUGUUAUUAUUAUUUGAUUUUGUACAAUGCUGGAAUGGCUCAGUACAGACAAUCGGGUGCAUUAGGUAUUACUAACAAUGGUGGUGUUGGUGGAGUUGUUCGGAACGGCAUCGUAUCGGAUCAUGUAUCUGUUGGGAUUCGUUCGAGUAAGCAGCAGCAGCAAGCGAGGAAUCAGCACCGUAGAUUGAAGUCGAAUAAUUGGAAGAUCUCGAUUGGUGCUAUUAUUGUUAUUCUAUUUGUCGCCUUUGUUGUUUCUGUCUCUGCUUUCUUCUAUUUCACAUCUCAAAAUACAGCUUGUGAGAUGAAAAUUUUGAAUGCUAGUUCUCUUCUUGUGGAACCCUUGGAAAGUCGAAAGUUUUCAAGGUUUAUAUUGCAGUACACGGAAACAGAGUACCAGCCUGUUGACGAUGCAAACUGGCAACCAAGAUUUUCUGGGCAUCAAAGUCUGGAAGAACGUGAAGAAUCUUUUCUUGCACGCAACCAGAAAAUAAACUGUGGUUUUGUUGGAGGUCCUGAAGGAACUCCAAGUACCGGAUUUGACUUGGCAGAAGAUGAUGCAAAAUACAUUAGCAGUUGUCACAUUGCUGUAGUUUCUUGCAUCUUUGGAAAUUCAGAUCGCUUGAGAAUACCAGUGGGCAAGAUGGUCUCCCGUAUAUCAAAGAAAAAUGUUUGCUUCGUUAUGUUUAUGGAUGAAGCUACUCUAAAAACUCUUACAGCUGAAGGUAAGAUGCCAGACAGCAUGGGCUUUGUAGGUUUAUGGAAGAUUGUAGUGGUAAAGAAUCUUCCUUUUUCUGAUUUGCGGAGAGUGGGAAAGAUACCAAAGUUAUUGUCUCAUCGGCUCUUUACUUCAGCCAGGUAUUCAAUAUGGUUAGAUAGCAAGCUUCGUCUGCAGCUUGAUCCCCUACUCAUCUUGGAGUACUUCCUGUGGCGAAAAGGUUAUGAAUAUGCAAUUUCCAAUCACUAUGACAGGCAUUGUGUGUGGGAAGAAGUUGCCCAAAACAAGAAGCUUAACAAGUACAAUCAUACUGUUAUAGAUGAACAAUUUGCAUUUUACCAGGCUGACGGAUUGCAAAGAUUUAAUGCAUCUGAUCCAAACAAGCUUCUUCACAGCAAUGUACCAGAAGGAUCUUUUAUUGUGAGGGCUCACACGCCAAUGUCAAACUUGUUUUCAUGCUUAUGGUACAAUGAGGUUGACCGGUUUACUCCCCGUGAUCAGCUGAGUUUUGCAUAUACAUAUUAUAAGUUGAGAAAGAUGAAUCCGGACAAGCCUUUUUACCUCAACAUGUUCAAGGAUUGUGAAAGGCGAAAGAUAGCUAAAUUGUUCCGUCACAGAUCAGAUGAGCAGAGGAAUAUUAUCUCUCAACGUGAGACAGAGUAAACGUGGAGAGGAACUCCUGAUUUUGGCGGAUGAUUCCUUUUUUUUUAUAUGCAUCGCUAUAUUGUACUUGCUUGCUGGAAAGAGGUCAUCAUACCAUAGCCGUUGUGAUUGUGUCUGUUGUACAUUACCAGUAUCUUCUCUAGAGAAAGCGAUACACGUCCAAUUAUAUUGACUCAAGCAAAGCAAGGGGGAUUCUGCUGGCUCAUCUUUCUGUUAGAAAGAACACACCACCAGCAUUACAGCUUCCAUUCUAUUAAUUUCAUUGUCUUGACCAACUCCUAGUGUUAAGCAUAUCCUAUACAUUACCCCUUGUAUCUAUAGGAGUUGGUGAAGAAAUACCUGAAACGAUAUGUAUUCUUUUUCUAUGAAACAGCUUGCCAGUUUAUUGUUUCUAA